AUGCUCACCACGAUUGAUCUCGAGAAGCAAGGCACAAUCAGAUCACGACAAGAAUGCAACAACCACGAAGUCACACAACUUUGCAGAGGUUGGUGGAUCAUCGCUGCUGUGUUCUUGACACCCAUAUGGUAUGGAUACUUUACCAACUAUAUCUUCCUACAAGGAGUACGCCAGUCUCCUUUCGAACGUUCUGUUCUUCCUAUGACCGUCGCCUGCCUUCUCAGUACGGUCAACUGGUCUCUGAACAGCUUCAUUGCACCACCGAACAACUCGUUGUACAAGUCUCUACGGGUCGCGAUCAACGUCAAUACAGCCGUGUCAUGUACAAUCAUGUUUGUGUGGUUUGAUUUGGGUCAAUUCUUCUGGGGAGUCUUCUCUUGA